UUCCAUCUUUGGAGUCUGAGGGAGGCAAGAGGCUUCCUCUGAGGUGCCUUGCCAGAUAUUAAGGCCAGUUGGCUCCAUCACCCAUCUCCUGCCCACACUCCUGCUGGCUUCUCCAAUGCAGAUCAUGAAGCCUCACAGCCAGAAGAGUCAGCCCUGCAAGAAUGAACAAGGCCUUCGGGCCCAAAGAGAGGCACAAGGCCUGGUGGGUGCACUAGUUCCUGCAGCUGAGGAGACUAUAGCCUCCUCUUCCUCUACUAUGAAAGCCACUCCAUGGAGCCAACCUGAAGAGGGUUCCAGCAGCCAGGAAAAGAAUGAUCCAAGCACCUCACAGUUCCUGCCACAUCCUGAGUCCUUGUUCAGUAACACGCUAGAGAAGAAGGUGGCUGAGUUGGUGAAGUUUCUGAGUGUCAAGUAUACAACAAAGGAGCCUGUAACAGAGGCAGAAAUGCUGAAGAAUGUCAUCAAAGAGUACAGAGAUCACUUCCCUGGUAUCUUCAUGAAAGCCUGUGAAAGCAUGGAGGUGGUCUUUGGCAUUGAGGUGAAGAAAGUGGAUCCCAUCAGCCGCUCUUAUGUGCUCACCAAAAUGCUAGACCUCACCUGUGAUGGAAGGCUGAGUGAUGACCAGGGCAUGCCCAAGACCGGCUUCCUGAUUCUUAUCCUGGGUGUGAUCUUCAUGGAGGGCAACUGUGCCCCUGAGAAGAUCUGGAAGGUGCUGAAUAUGAUCAGGGUGUAUGCUGAGGGGAAGGAUUUCAUCUAUGGGGAGUGCAGGAAUCUCAUCACCAAAAAUUUGGUGCAGGAAAAAUACCUGGAGUACCGGCACGUACUCAAUAGUGAUCCUCCAAGCUAUGAAUUCCUGUGGGGCCCAAGGGCUCAUGCUAAAAUCAGCAAGAAAAAAGUCCUGGAGUUUUUCUCCAAGGUCAGUGGGAGUGAAGCCACUGCCUUCACAUCCUUGUAUAAGGAAGCGUUGAGAGAUGAAGAAGAGAGAGCUCAGGCUAAAAUUGCCACCAAGGCCAAGUCCAGCAGCUUCUGCCCUGAGUAA